AUGCCUGCGCCCGCAACCCCACGGCCCCGCCUGCCGCACGCCGCCCCGCCGCUCCUGCUCCUCCUCACGGCUCUCGCCACCGCCCUCCCCUGCCACCACCCGCGCACCCACGACGCCACCUUCCUCUGGCGCAGCCUCCAGUUCCUCCGGGCCAUGGCUCCCAGCUCCACACAGACCUGCCACCACCAGCCCGCGCCCUUCCCCUUCCCCGACGCCCUCCUCCACACCAGCCACCCACAGCAAGCCGCCGCCACCGUCCAGCGCAUCCUCGACCACCUCUUCGCCAUCCUCAGCAGCACCAGCGCCCUCCAACACUGGGACACCCAGGCACACCGUGACCUCCUCAACACCAUUCACCGCUACCUACAAGACCUCGAGCGAUGCGUGCCAGCCAACGGGACGCUCCUCCAGGGACAAGGGGCCCGCCGCCUCCGGCUCGACAUCGACGAAUACUUCAGCCGCUUCCACAACCUCCUCCGCACCCACAACCACAGCGCCUGCGCCUGGGACCACGUCCGCCUCGAAGCUUGCACCUGCUUCCAACACCUCCGCAACCUCACCCGCACCAUGCGCGAUUAG